CAAUUUUUUUUGCAAAGCGGGCACAAGUUAAAAUGUGACACAAAAAGCGGGUAUAGAUGCAAAUGCCCCGCUAUUUUACCAAUUUUCCUCAAAACAGCCCUUUCAACGGACCGACUGUAACAAGCAAAGAGAAAACAGAAACUCUCAAGAGCUCAUAUUUUCGGAUUCAAUAAUCAGAUCAAACCCUCUCGCAAAAUGGGUCACGGACAUGGUCGACCCAGCAAAAAGAUCAAGUUUUCUUCUAAGGAGGAUUAUCGCUCUUCAGCUGCCGAUGAUGAUCAGUACUACCCAGAAGAAGGCGAUGAUGAUUUUCAAGAUGGCGAGAGGGAAGGGAAGAAGAUGGAUUUCACUAAACUGGAACUCAAACCAGAUCAUGCCAAUCGCCCAUUGUGGGCUUGUGCUGAUGGAAGAAUUUUCCUUGAGACCUUCUCUCCAUUAUAUAAACAAGCCUAUGAUUUUCUCAUUGCCAUUGCUGAGCCUGUUUGCAGGCCGGAGUCGAUGCAUGAGUACAACUUGACGCCUCACUCGUUGUAUGCAGCUGUUUCAGUUGGUCUUGAGACUGAAACUAUAAUAGCCGUGUUGAACAAAUUGUCAAAGACCAAGCUUCCCAAGGAGAUGAUUGAUUUCAUUCAUGCUUCCACUGCUAAUUACGGGAAAGUGAAGCUCGUACUUAAGAAGAAUCGGUAUUUUGUAGAAUCUCCAUUUCCUGAGGUGUUGAAAAGAUUGCUCAGUGAUGAAGCCAUAGCAAAGGCUAGAAUUUCCUCUGAGGAGAAAAGGAAGGAGAAAAAACAUAAAAAGGAAAAGAAAGACAAGGAAAAGAGAGAAGGUAAAGAAAAAAGGGAUAAAGACAAAAGUGAUGGGAAACACAGAGAAAAGAAAGAGAAAAAGGAUAAACACAGGGACAAGAAGGAAAAGCACAAGGACAAAAAGAAGGACAAGGACAAGGAUAAAGAGAAAAGCAGCAUCUCUGAGGAGGCUAGAGUUGCCGCUCUACCUGAGCCUUCUACUGGAGGGAAACUUCACGAGAGAGAUGAACAUAAAGAUAGACACAUUAGCUCAGAUAAAGGGAGAGAUGAACAUCAGCUCAGAGAUAGGGAUAGAAACAUCAGCUCUGAGAAAAGCAAGCGCCCCGAUCAGUUUCACAUCCAGCUUGGCCUCUCUGCUGUUGAGACAGAGGACUCAAAAUUUGUGCAGGAGUUGGAGAGGAGGAUCAGAGAUGCAGAAAAGGGUGCUCAAAGUCAGUUGGCGGAGAGAUUUCCAGUUGAGUGCAAAAGGGAUGAAGAGACAGGAAAAGAACAAAGAGAAAGGAUUUGUUAA